AGUAAUUUUUUAAUAAACAGAUUUUUUAAUUUUUUUUAAAAAGAAAGUUUGUUAUAAAAAAUUGUAAAAAUUAUUUUUUUGCAGGCCCUUCGCCUACUACGACUUUAACUACUACAACUCCAGCGUGGACAGGACCAUGUAUCGACGACCCUCGUAAACGGAAGUUUUGUCGUGCAAUGAGCAAACGACGGAUGUGUCCUAAUUUGACUUAUAGUGUUAAACGACUGUGUGCCUGGAGUUGCGGUCUCUGCAAAGGCCCUUCACUUACUACGACUACAGCAAUUACAACCACGACACGAAAACCAACUACAGCAUGGAAAGGACCGUGUGUCGAUGACCCUCGUAAAUGGGCGUUUUGUCGUGCAGUGCGCAAAAAAGAGAUGUGUUCAGGGUCGACUUACAAUAUUCAACGACUGUGUGCCUGGAGUUGCGGUCUCUGCAGAGGCCCUUCACCUACUACGACUACAGCAACUACAACUACGACAACGACACGAAAACCAACUACAGCAUGGAAAGGACCGUGUAUCGAUGACCCUCGUAAAUGGGUGUUUUGUCGUGCAGUGCGCAAAAAACAGAUGUGUUCAGGGUUGACUUACAAUAUUCAACGACUGUGUGCCUGGAGUUGCGGUCUCUGCAGAGGACCUUCUCCUACUACGACUACAACAACUACAACUACGACCACGACACAAAAACCAACUACAGCAUGGAAAGGACCGUGUAUCGAUGACCCUCGUAAAUGGGCGUUCUGUGCUGCUGUGCGCAAAAAACAGAUGUGUUCAGGGUUGACUUAUAAUAUUCAACGGGAGUGUGCCUGGAGUUGCGGUCUCUGCAGAGGCCCUUCACCUACUACGACUACAACGACUACAACAACAACACGAAAACCAACUACAGCAUGGAAAGGACCGUGUACCGAUGACCCUCGUAAAUGGGCUUUUUGUGCUGCUGUGCGCAAAAAACAGAUGUGUUCAGGGUUGACUUAUAAUAUUCAACGGGAGUGUGCCUGGAGUUGCGGUCUCUGCAGAGGGCCAUCCCCAACUACUACUACAACACCGGUGCCGACUACGACAUGGCGAGGUUGGUAGAUGAACAGAUAAUGUUAAUAUUCGUUCAUAAUAACGCAUUCCGUGGUUGGGAGCAUUGAAAUUAUUAGUAUUUUCUGGCGUCUUGUGAAUAAGACGUAUUAAUUAGACAUCAAAUCCCCAUACUUUAAAAUGUGCUGAGGUAUCGCUAAACAAAUAUUUCCAAAUUGUGAGGUAGGGCGGUCUACACUCGUUGUGGCAAGCGAGGUUUCUGGGAGGUUUCGGGUCAUAUUCUCCAAGAAUUUUUAUUUUUUAAAUCUGUUCCUGAUUCCUUUGCUUUCCUUCCAGAAAUAGUUCUUAUAUUUGACUUUAAAUGAAAAGAAACGGAAUAUUAAUUUAACGAAACUUUACCUACCACAUUUUAAACUUAUUAUUUGGUGUCUAACACAUAGUUAUUUUGACACUUGAUCGAGAGAGAAAGAUAGA